AUGAGGAGUCUGAGUUUGCUCGCAGGCUGCGCCGCAGCUCUGCUUUCGUUCGCAAAGGCCGAGGCCAACCUCAGCAACCCCGACGUGUCCAAGCAGAUGCUCAGCGGCACCUUCGAGCCGCCGCAGGUCUUCCAACAUACCAACCUCGUUCGCACCGUCAACCUGGAGAAGGAAUAUCCGCGCGAGACAAUCAAUCUUGUUGUUGAGAACAUCGACUCGAAGCCUCAGCAGGACUACUACCUGCCCUUCCCUCAGGACCUCAUCGCCAGAGUCGGAGGUCUGGAUGUCAAGGAUAAGAACAAGCCCGACGCCAUCUUCCCUAGCCCUGAGAUUGUUGGCAUUGACACAUACAGCCCAAUCGAGUACUACCACAUCAAGUUCCCCUCUGCCCUGGCUCCCAAGGAGAAGCUCACUCUGUCCAUUACCUACUCGAUUCUGUCCGCCCUGAGCCCUCUGCCCGCCACCAUCAACCAGGCCGAUAAGCAAUAUGUCCAGAUUACCCUCAAUGCAUACACCAACUCGGCCUACAAGACCAUCAAGCAAAAGACCAAGCUGAAGAUGCCCACCAACGACGUCCCUGAGUACACUGUUGUUGGAACCAACGCCGAGGGCCAGCAAGAUCCCGUCAAACAGGGCGUUACCUUCACAUACGGUCCCUACGGCGAGGUUCCCGCUGGUGCCAACCAGCCCGUCUCGCUCAGAUACGAGUUCACCAAGCCUCUCCUUCAUGCCACUCUGGUCGAGCGCGACAUUGAGGUCAGCCACUGGGGCGGUAACAUUGCUACCGAGGAGCGUUACUGGCUCGAGAACAGAGGUGCCACCCUCAAGAAUCAGUUUUCGCGUGUCCAAUGGCAACAGACUCAGUACUUCAACCCUCCCACCUCGGCCCUCAAGGAGCUGGAGUACCCCCUCAUCAUUGGAAGUGCCAACCCUUACUUCAUUGACGAUAUUGGUAACGUCAGCACUUCCCGCUUCCGUCCCAGAAACACCCCCAAGGAGGCUCUUCUGCAACUCAAGCCCCGUUACCCCGUCUUCGGUGGCUGGAAAUACAGCUUCAAGGUCGGAUGGGACAACGACCUCAAGAGCUUCCUGCGCAAGCUCAAGACUGGCGAUGGUUACGUUCUCAAGGUUCCCUUCCUCGAGGGCCCCAAGCAGCCCGAGGGUCUUGAGAUUGAGAAGCUGACCGUCAGAAUUGUCCUCCCUGAGGGCGCAACUAACAUCAAGUUCGAGACCAAGGUCCCUAUCAUCUCGUCAGAGGUCAGCACACAUCGCACUUUCAUGGACACGAUUGGCCGCUCGACUCUCAAGCUGACAGCACUGAACGUCGUCGACGACUUCCGCGGCAAGGAUCUUGUCGUCACCUAUGACUACCCCUUCCUCGCAGGCUUCAGGAAGCCAAUUGUCAUCUUCACAUCCCUUAUGGGCACAUUCGGUGUCGCAUAUCUCAUCAGCAGACUCGAUGUCAGCAUCGGCAGAAAAGCGUAG